UGCGCGUGCGCCAAAGUAGCGUGUAUGCGACUGGGCAGUAACUGUAAAACAAACCCAAGCUGAGAGAUACCAAGUUUCAGACGGUGUCCUUCAUUGUACCUUUGGCGACAUGCGGCUCAGUGCUCGAGCUCUAAUAUCACACGGGCGUGUGGCGCGGCGGAUGGGCCUCGGUCCUGAGUCCAGAAUAAACAUGCUGAGGAACAUCCUUACGGGUUUGGUUCGGCAUGAGAGGAUCGAGACUACACGAGCCCGAGCAGACGAGGUUCGAUUUUACGCCGAAAAGUUAAUUGACUAUGCCAAAAAAGGAGAUACCAACAAAAAGUCAAUGGAAAUGGCAGAUUUUUGGCUUACGGAGAAAGAUCUGAUUCCUAAGCUUUUCAAAGUACUUGCUCCAAGGUUUGAAAACCAGUCCGGUGGAUAUACACUGAUGGCCCGCAUUCCAAACAGGGAAAACCUGGAUCGUGCCGCCAUGGCUGUUCUUGAGUAUAAGGGCAACCCAUUUCCCCCAUUGUUUCCUGUUAAACAAACACAUGAACUAAACCUUGUUAAUCAGCUUCUAAAAGGGUACAGACAAGAGAAAGCCAAACUGACAACUGAAAAUAGGGCCUUGUAGAUGAUUCAUUUAUCAUAUUACCCUGUGUGGUCUAACACCAAUGUAAGUGUUGUUGGGGUUUUUAUUGUGGCAGAGACAUUUUGAGCCUGGCCAAUAGAGAUACAGCCUUUUGUUCUGUUGUACAAAGGUUUGCUUAUAUCAUGCCUUUAUUUAUUUGUCAUCUUUCAAACUUUCUAGUGAAAAACUUUAUUUGAAUAAAAGUAUAUGAUAAUCUUUA